UUAAAAAACAAAAUCAAUUAAUUGAUUAUGUAUAAAAACCAUCACCUCAGCAGUAAAAAAUAUAUCUCGCAUUAAGAAACCUAGUAUUUUAUCAUGUUCUAUAUAUCAACCUCAUAAUACAUAUGAUCCAAUUUCAGCGUUUACUAGGUAUCUUAUUAUAACAAAAGUAAAUUCAGUUUUAGCUCACAGCUAUUGGUGAUAAUAUCAUAUUCACUAUGGAUAUUAUUGGUUUGUAAUAUUUAUAUUUAUAAAGUUGUUAAUUGUAAUGAAAUUAAUAUAUUUAAAUAAUUUAAAUUAGAAAUGGCAAACCCAUCUAAUAAUUUGGCAUACAGUAAUUUAAGUCAACAUAUUGAUUUUGAUUCAUUGCCCGAUCCAAGUGAACGUUUUGAGUUACAAGAUUUAAUUGGUGAAGGAACUUAUGGAGAAGUUUAUUCAGCUUAUGAUAAAGAAACUGAUAUGCGUGUAGCUAUUAAAAUAUUAGAAAAUAUUGCGGAAAAUAUUGAAGAAAUUGAAGAAGAAUAUUUAAUUUUACGUGAUAUGGGUUGUCAUCCAAAUAUACCAUUGUUUUAUGGUUUAUAUUUUAAAAAAUCUGAUUCGUUGAAUGACCAAAAUCAAUUGUGGUUUGUCUUAGAGCUUUGUACUGGAGGAUCAGUAACAGACCUUGUACAGGGACUUAAAAAACGUGGAAGCCGUUUAACUGAUAAUCAAAUAGCAUAUAUAAUAAAAGAAACUGUUGAGGCACUUAUUUAUAUGCAUAAUAAUAAUUGUAUACAUCGCGAUGUAAAAGGUCAUAAUAUAUUAUUGACUGAAGAUGGAAAUAUUAAAUUAAUUGAUUUUGGUGUAUCAACACAUCUUGAUACAGAUAUUUCAAGAAAAAAUACUUCUGUUGGUACACCAUAUUGGAUGGCACCUGAGGUAAUAGCUUGUGAGCAACAAUUAGAUUUAACGUACGAUUGUCGUUGUGAUAUAUGGUCAGUUGGAAUAACAACAAUUGAAUUAGCUGAAGGUGAUCCACCAUUAUCUGAAUUACAUCCAAUGCGUGCAUUAUUUCAAAUUCCCCGUAAUCCACCACCAAGUUUAAAAAAUCCUGAUAUUCAUUCACCAGAAUUAUCAGAUUUUAUAACCGAAUGUUUAGUAAAAGAUCUUGAACAUCGGCCAUAUGCAACUGAAUUAAAAGAACAUCCAUUAUUAAAUGAAAUUAAUUUUAUGAUUCCACAAAUAAAAUUACAACUUAAAGAAGAAAUAGAAUAUAAAAAAUCAAUAAAUAAUAAUAUUUCUCGUCGAAUUAUUCAAGUAACAACAAAACAUGGUAAAUUAAAAAUAGAUCGUAAAGCACAACCAAAAAAAAUAUAUUUUGAUGAUUUAGCGGCAUUAGAUUCAUUUAAUGAAGAAAUAAUUAUUAAACAAUUAGAACAAAGAUUUAAAGAUGAACAAAUUUAUACAUAUAUUGGUGAUAUUUUAAUAGCUAUUAAUCCUUAUUGUAAUCUUGGAUUAUAUACAUCAAUAGAACAACGUCGUUAUCGUGGACAAGCAAGAUCAGAUAAUCCACCGCAUAUUUUUGCUGUUGCUGAUUCAGCUUAUCAAGCUUUACUUCAUCAACGUAUUAAUCAAGGAAUAAUAAUAAGUGGUGAAUCUGGUGCUGGUAAAACUGAAAGUGCUAAUUUAUUACUUAAACAAUUAGUAUAUUUAAGUAAAGCACCAAAUCGUAAUAUUGAAGAACAAAUACUUGAAAUAAAUUCAAUAAUGGAAGCAUUUGGUAAUGCUAAAACUGGUAUUAAUAUUAAUUCAUCACGUUUUGGUAAAUAUUUAGAAUUAACAAUGACAAAAGGUGGUAAAGUUACUGGUGCACGUAUUGCCGUAUAUUUGCUUGAACAAUCACGUGUUGUUAGACAAACUAUUGGUGAAUGUAAUUUUCAUAUAUUUUAUUAUAUUAUUGAGGGUUUAAAUGCUGAUGGACGAUUAAAACAAUUUAAUAUUGAUUAUUUGCAACAUCGUAAUUUAUAUAAAUAUUUAAGUUAUAAUAAUAAUAAUAAUAAUAAUAAUAAUAAUAAUAAUAAUAAUAAUAAUGAUGAUGAUAAAAAUAUAAAUAAAUAUUAUCAAGUUAAUAAAAGUUUUAAAAUAAUUGGUUUUCAUGAAAAUCAAGUUGAUACUAUUUAUUCAGUACUUGCAGCAAUAUUAAAUCUUGGUAAUAUUGAAUUUAAACAAAUAAUUAAUAAUGAUGAUGAUCAUGAGGAUAAUAAUGAUAAUAAAAUAAGUGUUGUUGAUAUUGAACCAUUAAAUAAUGUUGCUAAUUUAUUAGGAAUUGAAUCUUAUGAUUUAUUAGAAACAUUAACUUCAAUAUCUGUUGUAACACGAGGUGAAACAAUAACACGUAAUAAUACUAUUGAUGAAGCUAAAUCAACACGAGAUGCUAUGGCUAAAGGUUUAUAUGGACGUUUAUUUGAUUGGAUUGUUAAUCAAAUAAAUAAUCAUAUUAGUUUUAAUCGUACAAUGAAUUAUGAACCUUUAACAAUAUAUUUAUUAGAUAUUUUUGGAUUUGAAAAUUUUCAAAAAAAUUCAUUUGAACAAUUAUGUAUUAAUAUUGCUAAUGAACAAAUACAAUUUUAUUUUAAUCAAAAUAUUUUUACAUGGGAACAACAAGAAUAUAUAGCUGAAGGUAUUCCUGUUGAUUUAAUUGAAUUUUAUGAUAAUCGUCCUGUUUUAGAUAUGUUAUUAAGUAAACCAUUAGGUUUAUUGGCAUUAUUAGAUGAAGAAACAAGAUUUCCAGGAGCUAACGAUAAAUCAUUAAUUGAAAAAUUUCAUAAUAAUAUUAAAUCAAAAUUUUAUGUACGUCCUAAAUCAGAUGCAAUAUGUUUUGCUGUUAAUCAUUUUUCUGGUCGUGUUGUUUAUCAAGCUGAUGGAUUUCUUGAUAAAAAUCGUAAUUUUUUACCACCUGAAGUUAUACAAUUAAUACGUCAAUCACAAUAUGACAUGAUAAGAUUUUUAUUUCAAUGUCCUAUUACUAAAACUGGUAAUUUAUAUUCAGCAACAUGUGAUAAUACUGCAACAACCACAACAAUAAAACAUUUUAACAAUAAUAAUACACAUGAUAAAUAUUUAAAUCGUCCAUUAUCAUCACAAUCACGUGUUCAACAAACAAUAUCAACAUAUUUUCGUUAUUCAUUAAUGGAUUUAUUACAAAAAAUGGUAUCAGGUACACCACAAUUUGUACGUUGUAUUAAACCAAAUGAUAAUUCAACUAAAAAAUUAUUUGAUAAUGAUAAAGUUAUUAAACAAUUACGUUAUAGUGGUGUAUUAGAAACAAUACGUAUAAGACAAAAUGGUUUUUCUCAUCGUAUAUUAUUUGCUGAUUUUCUUAAACGUUAUUGUUUUUUAGCAUUUGGAUGGGAUGAAAUUGUUGUUGCUAAUCGUGAUAAUUGUCGAUUAUUAUUAAUACGUUUAAAAAUUGAUGGUUGGGCAUUAGGUAAAACAAAAGUAUUUUUAAAAUAUUAUCAUGUUGAAUUUUUAUCUAAAAUGUAUGAAGAACAAUUAAAAAAAAUUGUUAGGGUACAAGCUUGUGUAAGAAGAUGGCUUGCUAAAAUUCAUUAUAGAAAAGAAAAAUGGCAAUUGGCAUGUUCAGUUGUUACAUUACAACGACAUAUUAGAGGAUGGUUAUUAAGAAAGCGUAUUAGUGAACAAGUUGAUAUUAAUAAUCAAGAUCAUAUUAGUACUCCAAUUCAUCAGGCAUAUAAUUCUGCUAAAAUUAUUCAACAAUUGAGAGAAGAAAAUAAUGAAAUUUUAAAUAAUUCAUCAAUAAAUAAUAUUGAAAAAAUAAAUCAAGAUAAUGCCGCUGCCGUUAUUAUUCAAAGUAAUUUCCGUGGAUAUACAAUAAGAAAAAAAUUUGGUUCAGAGCUUGAAGAAAAAUUUAAAGAAAUAUUAAAUAAAUAUGAUAAAAAAUCCGAAGCACGUGAAGCAUUAAUAAAUGAAGGUGUAAGUAAUGAGGAUGCUAUUUUAAUUGUUCAUCGAUGGUAUAAACGUGAAAUAUCUCGUCAAAUAAAACCAUCACAAAUAGAUGAAAUUCAUCCAAAAUUAAGACAAGCUGAUCUUAUUCAAUUUUCACAAAAUGUUCAUAUGAAUAAUCAACAAGUUCAUAAAUAUUUACGUCGUAAUAAACCAGGAUUAAGAUUGACAGAUAUUGAUGAACAACUACCAGAAGAUUAUUCACGCCCAGAUGGAUUUAAAAUGGUUGAGACAAUAAUGCAAUAUCGUGAUGAUAGUCAACCAGGGGAUGAUGACACUGUUAAAUAUUAUAAAGAUUUAAAAGAUGAAAUGAGCAGUGGUUCGGAAUUCGAAGAAGACGAAGUUGGCUGGGACUCACCGCUGAUACAGCUGGAAAAUGACCUUCACCCAUCGUUGAGUCGCCAAACUCAAGUUCUAGAGAUGAAAUCAGAAAGAGAAGAUCGAAUAAAAUCACAAGGCGACUACGCGAUUGCACCAGAACAACAACUAUCGGAUAUAUGGCACAAAGCCCUGAGACAACCAACGACAAUGACAGAAAGUUCUGGAAAUUCUAUAAGGUUAAAUUUCUUAUAA